AUGUCCGCAGCGUGGGCCAAGAAAUUCGAAAAGAAAUUGUCAGGACUUACCGACAAUGCCAGCAAGGAGUCCAUUCAAACGCUGGCCAAUUGGGUGGGCUUUAAUCGAAAACACGCGGAUACUAUCGCCCAAACAUUGUUGCAUCAUUUGAAAUCCAGCAAUAGCAGUAAUGGUGGCAAUAGCAGUAAUGGUGGUAAUGCUGGAAUUGGCAACAGUGGCCGUCAGUGGUUGUACUGGCAACUCAUCAAUGACGUCCUGCUGAUGGAUCAUUCCAAUCUAUCCAAAUGGGAAAAACUGCAACCGCUGCGAACGGCAUUGGGUGAAACUACCAUUUUGACGGCCAUUACAGAACACAAAGACCAAGUUCCAUCUCAAGUUCAGGAUAAUUUCCUCAAGGAAUGGGACGAUAAGAAUGUCUUUGGAGGACCGACCAUGGUAUCUCAAAUGAAAAAGAUAUUCAAGGACGAAUCAUCAACAUCAACACCGUCAACAACAUCGAAUGACAAUCACAAGACAACCACGGCGGUAACCGAGUCGUCGUCUACUACUACUACUACUAAUACCAUGACACCUGCACCCACAACAACACCAAGUGCUGCUGCUACCGCCGAUGCUGUGGAAGAAGAAUCACCCACGAAAACAUCAUCACAACAACAAGAGCAACAACAAGAAUCCAAGGAGGAACCAGAAAAUAUGCUUGAUAUUAGUAGUAUUGUGAAUAACGACGACAAGAUGGAGAUAGAACGACCAACAUUACAAAGAAGAAGGUCAUCCUUGGGAAGUCUUAGUGGAAAGGAUAUUCAAUACGAUUUUGAAAGCAAGGGUGUUCCGGCUGGGAAGGUGGACGCCAAGGAGUUUUUGCAACCCUGCAAGGGAAUUGCCACCUUGCAAAUUGCCAGAGAUUUGAGAAACGAUGCUCCCGUCCAAUUGGGAUCCCUCUUGGACAAUUUGCCCCAAGAUAUUUUGGACAAUCUUGACAAGAAUAACAAGAAUAAUGAUAAUAAUGAGGAAGAAGAAGAAGAAGAAUUGGACGAAGAGACCAUUCACGAUUACAGCAAACGCAUGCCAUCCAAACUGUUGGAUCUCGAUUUGCAAGAACAGUUGGGGAAUAUUGCCACCUUUAAAGAUAUUCUCCUUCGACAACAAGAGGCACGCAAGACCCUCAUUCAUUUGCUGAUAAAAUCGAGAUGCCAAUUUGGAUCCCGUCAAGCGGCCAAGGAAUUUUUCGAAUUGGCGCAAGUCUCGGAAAAGCUCAAAAAGCGAAAACAAAUCUUGACGGAUGCGUUGCAACUGGAAGGUCUCGAUUCGGUCAUUGAUAAUACAGAUCGGUCGGAAGAAAUAUCCAAAUUGCCAGAAUUGUCUUGGUAUACUACUACUCCUUCUACUACUCCUUCUACAGCUAAUGCUAAUACUACUGAAGAGGAAAAUGGAGAUGCACUUGGACCCAACAAGAAAGCAAGAGUAGAAGGUGUCAAUGAUAUUAGUGAUGCCUAG